AUGAACUCUCCUCUAACACCUUUAUCGCCUCGGCUGGCGUCGACGACAGCGAAAUGGAGGAAUCGGAUACCCACGCAAAUGCGGAGGCUAUUGCCCAUCUACGCCCUUUGUCUAUGCCUCGCCCUCAUCCUUCUCAACGCAGAUAUCCUUCCAUCGCGGUCGAAAACGAACAUCUUCAAGCGCAACGCGGCUAAGCACAAGCCUGAAAAGGGACACGAGGGGACAGGAUUUCCCAAGAAGAUCUGGCAAACCUGGAAGACGGAUCCUUUCGCAUUCGAGCAACGAGACCUUGACACAGCCAAAACUUGGGUGGCCAGGAAUCCCAACUACAGAUACGAAGUCUUGACGGACAACAACGACCUAGGCUACAUAGAGGAGAAAUAUGGCCCCAAUGGAUUCGACAGACCGGACAUCGUUGAGAUGUAUAGAACGGUCAACGUCACUAUCAUCAAGGCAGAUCUGCUGCGGUAUUUGGUCAUGUAUGCAGAAGGGGGUGUCUAUGCUGAUAUCGAUGUGGAGGCUCUUAAGCCUGUCCACCGGUUCAUCCCGGAGAGAUACGGCGAAGAAGAGAUGGAUCUGGUCAUCGGGGUAGAGAUUGAUCAGCCAAGCUUCAAGAGCCACCCAGUACUAGGCAAGAAGUCGGAAUCAUUCUGUCAGUGGACAUUCAUGGCGAAGCCUCGACAGCCUGUCAUGCUCAGGCUUGUUGAGAACAUCAUGAACUGGCUGAACGACGUGGCUAAUGAGCAGAAUGUCCCAAUUGGCGAUAUCACUCUCAACUUUGACGAAGUCAUCAGUGGAACGGGCCCAUCUGCGUUUACAAUCGCAGUUCUUCAAGAGAUGACGGCACAAAGCGGCAGAAGGAUUACUUGGGCCGACUUCCACGACAUAGAUGAGUCAAAAAUCGUUAGUCGAAUCCUUGUGCUGAACGUCGAGGCCUUUGCCGCCGGCCAAGGUCACUCGGAUUCGGGCAACCACAACAGCCGUGGAGCGCUGGUCAAACACCAUUAUCAUGCAUCUAAUUGGCCGAGUAGACACGCGAGGUUCUCUCAUCCAGUCUAUGGAGAGGUGGAGGGGUGCAAUUGGAACCCCGACUGUGUCAGAACCUGGGACGAGAAUGUGGCUGCAUUCGCCAAGAUGUCACCCGAAGAACAACAGCAGAAGCUGGCAGAGCCUAAGCCAGAGCCAAUGGGGCCAGGGUUUCAGCAAGUUCCGGUUUUCCAAGCUGUAGCACCUCAACAACCGCUAGUACCCGCGGUGCCUGGCGCUCAGGAGCCAAAGCAACCAGAGCCUGCAGCUUGA